UUGAUGUGCAUCACCCACUGGAGACACUCUGCUUAGGCAACACUGUGGAAUACGAUGAUCGAUCAGCUGUAGCCUGAGUGUGUGUUCGCCUUGUUGUGUCUCAUGUGGAGCAUCUGAGCCGAGCCGAGCCGAGCCGGGGUUUCAUUUAAACUGAGAGACAGCUGCCACCUGCAACAGCUGUGCAAUGGCCAGUCCAGAGGAAGUGAUCGAGCCCGAGGCCCAGAGCUCGACGGCACAAAACCUGGGCAGAAGACGCUUCUCGCACGACGGCCACAACCUGAGUCCAGAUGAGUUAGACGGCCUCAUGUCCAGCAAUGACGGCCGUCCUUUCCUGGUGGUACAUCGUCUUCCGGAUAUAAAGGAGGCGGGUGUGCCAUACUUAAUGCCCGGUAUUCCUGUUACAUGCAGAGUGGACAACACAGAGAAAUACACUACUCGCUCAAAGGUCCGCGUAGGCACCCUGUACACUGUGCGGCUGACACACGGCCAUUUCCACUGGACAGUGAAGAGGAAGUACAAGCACUUCCAGGAGCUGCAUCGAGACCUUUACAAACACAAGAUGUUGAUUAGCUUGCUGCCUCUGGGAAGAUUUGCGAAGGAGCGGCAGCAGCUGAGAGCCAUGUCAGAGGAAAUGCCCAGCCUGCAUGGGACUGAACGAACCAGGAGGACCUCCAGCAAAAUGAAAUAUCUUGAGGAGUAUCUGAACGGUCUGCUGGAUAACGCAUUCUGUCGGAACGAUCACAGCAUGCUGGAGUUCCUCUCUGUCGGUGCCCUGUCUUUCGUCACUGAUCUUGGACCUAAAGGCUUGGAGGGGCCCAUCUUCAAGAGGUCAGGGGGUCACCGCAUCCAAGGCCUGAACUGCAUCGGCCACCAUCAGUUCUGCUUCCGCUGGUCACGCCGCUGGCUGGUGGUGAAAGACUCCUUCCUGAUGUACAUGAACCGGGACCACGGCUACAUCAACUUCGUGCUGCUGUUUGACCCAGAGUUCAGAGUGAAAGUCGGCCGUUCCUACACAGACACUAGAUACGGGGUCUGCAUUGAGAACUUCACUCGGAGUCUGGUGAUCAAAUGCAGCAGUUAUCGACAAGCUCAUUGGUGGAGUCACGAAAUCAACCGGCUGGCAGAAUCCAGUGACUAUCUCAAAGUGCAACGCUUCGAUGGUUUUGCGCCACCGCGCGAGAACACACUCACUAAAUGGUACCUGAAUGGAAGCAGCUUCUUUGACAACCUGGCUGAUGCUCUCGAACAAGCCAAGGAGGAAAUCUUCAUCACAGAUUGGUGGCUCAGCCCGGAAGUGUUCCUGAAGAGACCAGCGACUGAAAACUACUGGCGCCUGGAUGAGAUUCUCAAACGCAAAGCAGAACAAGGGGUCAAAGUGUGUGUUCUGCUGUACAAAGAGGUGGAGAUGGCACUCGGCAUCAAUAGUGAGCACAGCAAGAGGACUCUCAUGAAUAUGCACCCAAACAUCAAGGUAAUGAGACAUCCCGAUCAUGUGUCAUCUGUGGUGUUCCUGUGGGCUCAUCACGAAAAGAUGGUCUCCAUUGACCAAACGGUAGCCUUCAUCGGGGGGAUCGACUUGGCCUUUGGGAGGUGGGAUGACAGCCAGUACCGGCUGACUGACCUGGGCUUGACAGAGGAGUCCAUCAGUGUAACCCAGGAGGAGCCAAAUGGAAAUACAGGCGAGAAUGGUGAGGUUGGCGGUCCAAAACCCUCUGAACCAGAUAAACAAUCGGUGCAGGUUCCUGACAUCCUGACCGGCAACACUAAACUGUGGCUCGGCAAAGACUACAGCAACUUCAUCAAGAAAGACUGGGUCCAGUUGGACAAACCGUUUGAAGAUAACAUCGACCGUACUCAAAUUCCUCGCAUGCCGUGGCGAGAUCUGUCUGCUGCUAUUCAUGGAAAAGCUGCCAGGGAUGUUACUCGCCACUUCAUCCAGCGCUGGAACUUCACCAAGAUCUUCAAAAACAAGUACAAGGACAACUUCUACCCGUACCUACUUCCCAAGUCUCAGUGCACUGCUGACUCAUUCUCAUACACUGUGCCCGGCUCGAGGAAAGCCAAAGUGCAGGUGUUGCGCUCUGUUGACCGAUGGUCAGCUGGAACCUGCGAGUGCUCCAUUUUGAACGCCUACAUCCACACCAUCGAGAACAGUGAGCACUUCAUCUACAUCGAGAACCAGUUCUUCAUCAGCUGUGCCGACGGGAAGACCAUCUACAACGGGAUCGGCGAUGCAAUCGUGAAGCGGAUCCUGCGUGCCCACAGGGAACAGAAGAAGUACAGAGUGUACGUGGUGAUUCCUCUGUUUCCUGGAUUUGAGGGAGACGUCAAUACAGGCGGUGGAAACGCCAUCCAAGCUAUUCUGCACUUCACUUACAGGACCUUAUGUCGAGGGGAACACUCCAUCCUGUCGAAGCUUAGUGAAGUUGAAGACAAGUGGACGGAGUACAUCUCAGUCUGUGGCCUGAGAACACACUCCCAACUCUGCCAGUCGCUCGUCACAGAGCUCAUCUACGUUCACAGCAAGAUGCUCAUCGCUGACGACCGCUGCUACAUCAUCGGAUCGGCCAACAUCAACGACCGCAGCAUGCUGGGCAGUCGAGACAGUGAGUUGGCAGUGUUUGUGGAGGAUGAAGACAGGGUCCCAUCCAUCAUGGGAGGGGAGGAGUACCAGGCAGGACCCCUCGCACUGGCUCUGCGUAAAGAGUGUUUCAGUGUUCUAAGUGGAGCUUCUUCAGACCCCAGUAUCAACAUUAAUGAUCCGAUCAGUGACGAGUUCUUCUUCUUGGUAUGGAAUGCAUCAGCUAAACUAAAUGCCAACAUUUACGACAAGGUCUUCAAAUGCCUGCCCCAGAACGCUGUCCACAGCAUGCGAGAGCUGAAGGAGUACUCCAGCAAGCCCCCUCUCUGUGACACAGACCCUGAGCAGGCCGCGGAGGAGCUCAAGGCUGUGCGAGGCUUGCUGGUCCACUUCCCGCUGAAGUACCUGUGUGAGGAGAACCUGCUGCCUCCGCUGGCCACUAAGGAGGGCAUGGCUCCUGUGGGGCUGUGGACAUAACCCUGACCUGGUCAGAUCACCACAUUAACUGUUACAGGGCGGGCUGUACCAAACACUCCUCCUCGUAGUCACAGCUCACCUAUUGUUCGGGACAGUACACAGUUACAGUCCCGGCACUUCACUAGUGAGGACAAGACAUCACCUUAGGACCAUGAUUUGUUUAUCACUGAUGUUUUUUAACGUGUUUUUGACUGAUGAUGAGCGAAUUUGAACAUAACCACUAAAAUGUAUAGUGUAAUGAUGAUUGAUAGUCUGUUAGAAGAGAACAUUAACCUUUGCUGGUCAGCUUUUUCACAAUCGCUGUGUCUGCCUAAUAACUUCCACAGUGCAGUGUGAACUGCAGAGCUGGCAAUGAUGCAAAACACACACAAAUGAAUGUAUGAGUCAGAUGGGGAUUGUAAGGCUGUACUGGAAAUCUAGCAUCUCACAUGAUCUGGGAACAUAGUGUGCAUUUAUUGGUGCAAGGUUUUGGGGUGGGUGGGUGGCUCUCGCUCUCUCGCUUUCUCCCUCACUCACUCUCUUCCUCUGAGACUUCACCUCACUCUCUCUCCCUCUCUCUGCAGUGCCAGCAAAUCUGUCAGAACAUUUGUGGUUGUCAUGGUGACUGAUAUAAAGAGAUGACUGGAUGGAGCUGAAAUAAAGACUGGAUAGGGCGGAAAGGGAGAGCACUGAUAAAAGUGAUAACUGGCUAAAUCCGGAUGGUGUACUGGAAAAUAGAAAGUAAUCUGUUGAAUGAAGGCUGACGAAAUGUGUGGAGGCAACGUCGUUGUGAUAUAUAUUUUCUCUCUGGACGCGUUACAAUCCGGUGGAGAAAUGAGGAAAAGAAAAAGGAGGACAAGAUAAUUAAAGAGUGAUAGACUUAUUGUCGUGUUUUUUAUGAGUCACCAUGACAACCAAGCGAAUUUUUUAUUUCACUACGUUGCCAGCAGUCCAGAACAAAUUCCUACAUUUACCCUGUUGUGCGAAAACUCCUGUUAAGCAGAGACGGGUAUAGUUUGACCAUUUUUCAGCUAUUUCCAUGUGACCUCCACAAUGUCCUGUGCAGGUGCCAUACACUACCUUGCAUGUCGGUCCUACAUUCUAUUGAUAAGAUUACAUAUUUGUUUCAGUGCAUUCCAUUUACUCAUAACACUAACUGAGUAGCAACAGGAUGUGGGUGAGCGUGCAAUAUCUUUGGUUAGAGCAGAAAUCAUAUUUUAAGAUUAAAGGAAUUUUAGGUUUUCUUUAAUAUAAAAUCAUGUCUAUUCUAUUGAAAAUUAUUCAUUUCUUCUACUGGACCACAAAGUACUGAGGGACGUCUACUUCUAGAAUAUGAAGAAGUCUCACACUGGACACACAGGUAGCGUUGGUAGUAAAUCUAAACAGGUAUUUACACCUUUUGAAAUAUUGCAUUGAAUGAUUUGGAAAUAUCAUGAAAUAAAUUAUGAGAGUAUCCAAUAGAGUAUGCCUUCCUCAGGUAGAAAAACAUGAUUGAGGUUUAUUUUUAUGCAAUAACUAAAUGUAAUAUGCAAACAAAAAGAAUAUCCAGUGUGAGUGUGUUUGGAGGUAUAACUCAUCUUACACAAAGUGAGUUUUAUCAGAGCUUUUGGGGAAUUUUAAAGAAAAACCAGCAGAGGCAAAAAAAAUAGGCCACAUGUAGAUCAAUGAGGAUUUAUGUUACUUACAUCAAGACCUUUUGAGGUGUUGCCUUCAAACUGUGUAAUAUAGGAUUAAAUACAAAAUAAACAGUCCCAUGCAAGGUGGAUGGAUUGAUGUGCAUGACAUCACUCAAAGAAGUGUAAACCUGUUGGACCUGCGCCUGAGAUGGUGUAAUACUACAGAAUGUUUUAUAAACAUUUGAGAGAUUCCCAUGAGUUUCUGCCAAGUUACCACAGUGGUUUCGGUGUCGACCUGUCUGUGAAUGAAUACAUGAACGUCUCCUCACACUACAUGAAGCACCUUUCACACAAUAGCCUUUAAAACCAUUACGGAUUAGUAAUGGUCGGUUAUUUGUUUCACAAAUAUUCAACCUCUCCUUUGGAAGAUAUUUAGUUCUUGCCCUCCUGAACUCACUGUGAUUUCUAUUCUAAAAUAAAGCACAAAACAAUUGCUUUCAAUUGUUUGCUUUGUUAAAGAUUCUGCAGAAAUGUCUGUGAUACACUGAGCAGUGACCUUACACUGUUUCCAUCAUGAAUUUCAUGUGACUACUAGCCAGCAUUACCAACACAUUUUUAUGAAUAUGUUACUAAUAAAUAUGUAUAUUUUACUUAUACCGAUUAUCCCUAACAGUCACCAUGUGAUUCAUAUAUCAGGGGUCAUUUUGUAUGCAUUUCUUUAGAUAUAGGUUAUUAUUACUUUGGACUUACUGAUGAAUAGGUUAGCUGUCAAGUAGAGAAUUAAUAUAGAUUCUGAUCCACUCGCGACCAACUUGUUGUUUUAAUAAAUGUUACUUUUCCUGUUUUAUCAAUAAACUUUUUUUUUAUUGAAAUCCAA